AUGGGUUGCGGCCUGUCGCGGCCUUGGAGGCGCCGGCCUGGGGAGGCGUCGGUUCAAAGCAUCCGACCGCUGCCCGAAUCGAGUGACGGGGAGGAAGAGGAGACGCCGCUGCUCCUGGCCGUGAGAGAAGAGCUGUGCGACAAGGCGGCCGAUGAACCGGAGAUCCACGGCGGAUCUGCCAUUUGCCCAGCUGGUUCCAGGGCUUUCGCCCUCAAAGUCUGUUGUUUGCUCGGCUUGGCGAUGGCCAUUGUGGCCGCGGUGGUGUUGCGGUUCCGAGAACCGUUGGGCAAAGAGUUCCACGUCUUGCAUGCGAAAAUGGUGGAUUUGGGCAACCUGCGCAGGUUCGCCCCAGGGCCUUGCUUCACCGACCAGAUCCGGAAGAUCAUGGAGUGGGCAAUCCUGCAGCGCGCACAGCUGUUGCUCUGUGGAAUGUUGCUGUUGGCUCCGUUUCUGUUGAAAAAGUGCAGCGGAUGUGUUGCAGAGUUUGUUGUCCGAAAAUUUGCAGGUCAGGAGCACGUCGAAAGAUUUUUUGCAAAAGCUGAAGUGGCUCAAAUGGUUUUGCUGUGGCUGGCCGACAUGCUGUCGGAUGUGUACGUGACCUACAAGUACUGCAAGCAGAGGAUGUAUGUUUUUGCUCUUCUGAUGAUCUUGAUUUGGCUUGGCAGCGGAUGCGUAGCUUUUGGCCACAGAUAUGUGAGCUGGGAACGGUGCAGACCUGGAACCAAUGCUAAAUACUGGGCCUCAGGCUUGAACGAGCAUGGUGAACCAAAGCCUGGUUUCAAGAGCUUCGCGCUGUACGUUGCACAGAUCCAGCCUGUGAUCAUGGCCUGGGAAGGUUGGCUUCAUGGCAUGACUCGACACCUGCGAGAGGAGAAGAUGUUGGCUGCGCUGGCUGAGGGUGCGCCGUCGAGUUUGUUGCAGCUAUAUGCCAUGAUGUUGGAACCGCCCCAAGAAAAUUCGGUCGACCUGCUCAUUUUGUGCGGAUCAAUCGCUAUGUCCAUCCUGACCGUUGAGGUGGGAAUCAACAAUGCCUAUGAACUCUGUGUUCCUGAAAGCCGCAAACUGGAGAAAACCAAGUUGCCACCCGGUGCCUUGCUAGGCUUCAGAUGUUGUGACAGUUUUUCGCGCAUUGCUGCUUGGGCAUUGCUGGGAAUGUGUCUUCGGCCGAUUGGUGCCAAACUUCACGGGUUGCAACAGCCGUAUUUGCCUCUGAUACUGGCAGCGGAGCUGCUGUUGAUCACAGCAGUCUUCAAAUCCCGAAGUUUCGGGUUGAACCUGGCAUGGUCUGAGCUCUUCAAGAGAGAAUAUCUCGUCAGUGUCAUGGCCUGCUUCCUUGGCACCUACUGGUGCUGCAAUACGGCAGAUUUAGCAGCCCAACAUAGACUUUCCAGAUCUUUGCUUGCGCUCCGUCUUUUACAAACCUUGGGCACAUUGUGGUUGUGCGCUUGGUCAUUUUCCAUUGCAGUUGGAAGUGACUGCCUUGCGGUUGAACAGCCAGCGGUGGUGAUCGUCGCUUUGUUGGUUCUAUUCACCUUUGCUGUGACAUUCCUCACGGCACUGGCGCACGACGUCGCCUUGUCGUUGUUUGCUUUGCCCUUCUUCCCUGUCAUCGCUGGCUGGAAAGGCGGGCGCUUGGAGCUGGCAGCGCGGUUCGGUGUGGCGUCGCAGAUUCCACGCCUGCUGCGAUCAGCAACAAAAAACGAGGGCGUGGCGGCGCUGUGCCAGGCUGCUGGGGCUGGGCAGAGCUCGGUGAUCCACGCGUUGGUCGGUGCCGGGGUUUCGCUUACUGCGGAGUGGCAAGGCAAAUCUGCGCUGCACUGGGCCGCUGAGGGGGGCCACGUCAGCACCAUCAAGGCACUGCAAUCGUGUGGCGAAAGCGAUUUGGAACGGGCGACGGACAACGGAGGGACUGCGGCUAUGCUUGCGGCCCUCAACGGCCAUGUGGAGGUGGUGCAAUUUCUUCACAGGGCCGGAUGUGACUUGGACAAAGCCGACAACUAUGGUUACACUGCUGGAAUGCUUGCGGCCUUCAGCGGCCAUUUGGAGGUGGUGCAAUUUCUUCACGGGGCCGGAUGUGACUUUGACAAAGCCAACAACGAUGGUUGGACUGCUGGAAUUUGCGCGGCCUUCAGCGGCCAUUUGGAGGUCGUGCAAUUUCUUCACACCGUCGGAUGUGACUUGGACAAAGCAGACAACGAUGGUUGGACUGCUGGAAUUGCUGUGGUGAAAUUUCUUCACAGGGCCGGAUGUGACCUGGACAAAGCCAACAACCAUGGAACAACUGCUGGAAUUCUUGUGGCCAAAAACGGCCAUUUGGAGGUCGUGCAAUUUCUUCACAGGGCCGGAUGUGACUUGGACAAAGCCAACAACGCUGGUGACACUGCUGGAAGUCUUGCGGCCUGGAACGGCCACUUGGAGGUGGUGAAAUUUUUCCACACGGCCGGAUGUGACCUCGGGGUACGCUCUUUGCAUGCAGCCGCAUACGGCGAUCACUUGAUGGUGGUGGAAUUUCUGCUUGGUUUUGUGGACGUCAACGCUGCUGGCAUCGGCAAAGUUCGUGCUUUGGACAUUGCAACGGCAAAGGGCCCCAAUGGCCCCGUGACCGAAGCGUUGCUUCGUGCAGGUGCCAGUCCCGGCCCUGAGCCUCGCCUGGUUGGGCUCACUGCUUUGAAACCAUCUGACACACCGCCGCACGGCUACGAUUGGUUCACCUGCGGUGCCCCAAACUUGGCCCAGAGCCGAGGCAAGUUUUAUCAUGAAAUCCAGAUCUUGAGCGAGUUCGACUGCCCUCAGCUGGGUUGGCUCAGUACAGAUUUCGGUGGAGAUGAUGACGAUGAUAAAGGCGUCGGAGAUGAUGCCAACGGCUGGGCGUUUGAUGGGUCAGGGCGCUGCUGGUGGCACGGUGGGAGAAGGGAACCGCUGCAGAUCGCACCGUGGAAAGUCAACGAUGUCCUCGGCUUUGCCAUCGACCUGGACGAGGGGCAAAUGCAGCUGCGCACUGAGCAGCAAGAACUGACCAUGCCGUUCAAGGUACCCUGCAGCAAGUAUCAGGGGUUUGUUUCGAAUGCAUCUGGCCAAAGACACUUGGAAGCUCCAGCCACCUCGCGGGUACAAAGAGUGGGGCUGCGGGGUGUUUACAUGGAGCGACUGAGAGCCCGUCCAAAGGAGAACGUAUCGCCGUAUCGCCAACAUUGGGCGAUCCGUCGCAUCUCCAAUGGCAGGUGGCCCGGCGAAGAUUCCCUCAGCAGCUGCCAAUUGCAGCGCCAGCCUCGGGAGGCGUCGGUUCAAAGCAUCCGACCGCUGCCCGAAUCGAGUGACGGGGAGGAAGAGGAGACGCCUCUCCUCCUGGCCGUGAGAGAAGAGCUGCGCGACAAGGCGGCCAAUGAACCGGAAAUCCACGGCAGAUCUGUCAUUUGCCCAGCUGGUUCCGGGGCUUUCGCCCUCAAAGUCUGUGGUUUGCUCAGCCUGGCAGUGGCCAUUGUGGCUGCGGUGGUGCUGCGAGAACCGUUGGGCAAAGAGUUCCACGUCUUGCAUGUGAAAAUGGUGGAUUUGGGCAACCUGCGCAGGUUCGCCCCAGGGCCUUGCUUCACCGACCAGAUGCGGAAGAUCAUGGAGUGGGCAAUCCUGCAUCGCGCACAGCUGUUGCUCUGUGGAAUGUUGCUGUUGGCUCUGUUUCUGUUGAAAAAGUGCAGUGGAUGUGUUGCAGAGUUUGUUGUCCGAAAAUUAGCGGGUGAGGAGCAAGUUGAAAGAUUCUUUGCAAAGGCCGAAGUGGCUCAAAUGGUUUUGCUCUGGCUGGCCGACAUGCUGUCAGAUGUGUACGUGACCUUCAAAUAUUGCAAGCAGAAGAUGUAUGUUUUUGCUCUUCUGAUGAUCUUGAUUUGGCUUGGCAGCGGAUGCGUAGCUUUUGGCCACAGAUAUGUGAGCUGGAAACGGUGCAGAUAUGGAACCAAUGUUGAAUAUUGUUUGUCAGGCUUGAACGAGCAUGGUGAACCAAAGCCUGGUUUCAAGAGCUUCGCGCUGUACGUUGCGCAGGUCCAGCCUGUGAUCAUGGCCUGGGACGGCUGGCUUCAUGGCAUGACUCGACACCUGCGUGAGGAGAAGAUGUUGGCCGCGCUGGCUGAGAGUGCGCCGUCAAGUUUGUUGCAGCUUUAUGCUAUGAUGUUGGAACCGCCCCAAGAAAAUUUGCUCGACCUGCUCAUUUUGUGCGGAUCAAUCGCUAUGUCCAUCCUGACCGUUGCGGUGGGAAUCAACAAUGCCUAUGAACUCUGUGUUCCUGAAAUCCGCAAACUGGAGAACAACAAUUUGCCACCCGGGGCCUUGCUAUGCUUCAGAUGGUGUGACAGUUUUUCGCGUGUUGGUGCUUGGGCAUUGCUGGGAAUGUGUCUUCGGCCGAUUGGUGCCAAACUUCAUGGGGUUCAACAGCCGUAUUUGCCUCUGAUCCUGGCAGCGGAACUGCUGUUGAUCACAGCAGUCUUCAAAUCCCGAAGUUUCGGGCUGAAUCUGGCAUGGUCUGAGCUCUUCAAGAAAGAAUAUCUUGUCAGUGUCAUGGCUAGCCUCCUUGGCACCUACUGGUGCUGCAUUCCGGCAGCUUUAGCAGCCCAACACAGGCUUUCCAGAUCUUUGCUUGCGCUCCGUCUUUUACAAACCUUCGGCACAUUGUGGUUGUGCGCUGGGUCUUUUUCCAUUGCAGUUGGAAGUGAAUGCCUUGCAGUUGAACAGCCAGCUGUGGUGAUGGUCGCUUUGUUGGUUCUAUUCACCUUUGCCUUGGCAUUCCUCACGGCACUGGCGCACGACGUCACUAUGUCGUUGUUUGCUUUGCCCUUCUUCCCCGUCAUAGCAGGCCACCGGGGUGGACGCUUGGAGCUGGCAGCGCGGUUCGGCGUGGCAUGGCAGAUUCCACGCCUGCUGCGGGCUGCCGAGGACGACGAUGGCGUGGCGGCGCUGUGCCAGGCUGCUGAGGCUGGGCAGAGCUCCGUGAUCCACGCGUUGGUCGACGCCGGGGUUUCGCUCACAGCGAAGUGGCAAGGCAAAUCUGCACUUCACUGGGCCGCUGCGGGGGGCCACGUCAGCACCAUCCAGGCACUGCAAUCGUGUGGCCAAAGCGAGUUGGAACGGGGGACAUAUACUGGUGACACUGCAGCUAUGCUUGCGGCCCUCAACGGCCAUGUGGAGGUCGUGCAAUUUCUUCACAGGGCCGGAUGUGACUUGGACAAAGCCAACAACAAUGGUGACACUGCAGGAAUAGGUGCGGCUUUCAACGGCCAUGUGGAAGUCGUGCAAUUUCUUCACAGGGCCGGAUGUGACUUGGACAAAACCAACAGCAAUGGUUACACUGCAGGAAUGGGUGCGGCCCGAAAUGGCCAUUUGGAGGUGGUGCAAUUUCUUCACACGGCCGGAUGUGACUUGGACAAAGCCAACAGCAAUGGUGACACUGCAGGUAUAGGCGCGGCCCGAAACGGCCAUUUGGAGGUGGUGCAAUUUCUCCACACGGCCGGAUGUGACUUUGACAAAGCCAACAACGAUGGUGACACUGCUGGAAUUUUUGCGGCCUUCAGCGGCCAUUUGGAGGUCGUGCAAUUUCUUCACACGGCCGGAUGUGACUUGGACAAAGCCAACAUCAAGGGAACAACUGCAGGAAUUUUUGCAGCCCAGGAAGGCCAUUUGGAGGUCGUGAAAUAUCUGCACAGCGCUGGUAAUGACUUCGGGGUACGUUCUUUGCAUGCAGCCGCAGACGGGGAUCACUUGAUGGUCGUGGAGUUUCUGCUUGGUUUUGUAGACGUCAACGCUGCUGGCAUCGGCAAAGCUCGUGCUUUGGACAUUGCAAAGGCAAAGGACCCUAAUGGCCCCGUGACCGAAGCGUUGCUGCUGGCAGGUGCCCGCCCCGGCCCUGAGCCGCAGCUGGUUGGGCUCACUGCUUUGAAACCACUUGACACACCGCCGCACGGCUACGUUUGGUUCACCUGCGGUGCCCCAAACUUGGCCCAGAGCCGAGGCAAGUUUUAUCACGAAAUCCAGAUCUUGAGCGAGUUCCACUGCAGUCUGCUGGGUUGGCUCAGUAUAGAUUUCGAGGGUGGCGAAGUCGAUGAUAAAGGCGUUGGAGAUGAUGCCCACGGCUGGGCGUUUGAUGGGCAACGGCUUUGCUGCUGGCACGGUGGGAGAAGGGAACCACUGCAGAUCGCACCGUGGGAAGUCAACGACGUCCUCGGCUUUGCAAUCGACCUGGACGAGGGGCAGAUGCAGCUGUGCACUGACCAGCAAGAACUGACCAUGCCGUUCAAGGCCCACGGAGCUGUGUGCUUGGACCCGGUCUUGUGA